UUAACAUGAAUCGACAUGGAGCCUGCCCUCAAGAAGACCCAAAAGCCCGUGCUGCUUUCUUCCAUCAGGUUCCUGUUACAGGAGUCCAUCUCCUCCCUGUGCUUUUACCUCUCCAGGUUAAUCGACAUUGCCCGUAAACUGGACAAGGCCGAGCGGGAGCCCCUGCUGAUGUGUGCUUACUACUUCAAGAAGCUGGAUAACCCUGGCUAUGCUGCUGAAACCUACCUAAAGAUUGGUGACCUGAAGUCCUUGGUUCAGCUGCAUGUGGAGACCCAGCGCUGGGACGAGGCCUUUGCUUUGGGUGAGAAGCAUCCCGAAUUUAAGGAUGACAUCUAUGUGCCCUACGCUCAGUGGCUAGCAGAGAAUGAUCGUUUUGAGGAAGCCCAGAAAGCGUUCCACAAGGCUGGGCGGCAGCGGGAAGCGGUCAGGGUGCUGGAGCAGCUCACACACAAUGCCGUGGUCGAGAGCAGAUUUAAUGACGCUGCCUAUUAUUACUGGAUGCUGUCCAUGCAGUGCCUUGAUAUAGCUCAAGACCCUGCCCAGAAGGACGCGAUGCUUGACAAGUUCCGCCACUUCCAGCACUUGGCCGAGCUAUACCACGGCUACCAUGCCAUUCAGCGGUACACGGUAAGGUGGCCAGGAGAUGGGGGCCUGGUGGGGGUGCUGCCUACUGAACCAGGGGCCCUGGGCACGUCUUACAGAGCAGCAGACAUCUGGAUGGAAAGUAAACCCACCGGACAGGAUGAUUUGCCAAGAAAUUCUGGUCUCCUCCUGGGAGACAAAGUUUGGCCCCUGGCCCACCCACCGUGGGGCCUGGCUGGGGCCCGGCGUGUGCUCUGCCAGGCAGGCCCGAGCCGCAGCACCCCCCGAGGGCCGCGCCGCCACCCUCCCGUGCUGCGCAUGGUCCUGGAGGCGCUGCAGGCGGGAGAGCGGCGCCGGGGCACCUCCGUGGCGGCCAUCAAGGUUUACAUCCUGCAGAAGUACCCUACGGUGGAUGUCCUCCGGCUCAAGUACCUGCUGAAGCAGGCCCUGGCCACGGGCAUGCACCGCGGCCUGCUUGUCAGGCCCACCAACUCCAAGGCCAGGGGGGCCACUGGCAGCUUCAAAUUGGUUCCCAAGCAUAAGAGGAAAGUCCAACCCAGGAAGACCCCCAUCAUGACAGCCCCCAGGAAACCCAGUGAGGCCAAGGAGAAGGUCCCCAAGAAACCAAGGGAGGCAAAGAAGGACCCUCCCAACCCAGGCGAGGUGAAAAGGGGACCCAGGAAGCUGCGAGAGGUGAGGACGUCUCCUCCCAAACCAGGUGCAGCCAAGGAGAAGGCUCCCAAGAAAGGCGGCCAGACCAAAGACCAAGAGGCAAGAGCAAGUGAGGCCAGAAAGGCCUCCCAACAGCCAGACAAGGCCACACGGGCCCCUCCCAGUGCCACCGGGCCCAGUGGGAAGUCAAAGGUCAAAGGCAGAAGGAAGAGCCAGGGUGGCGAGGCCCACAGGAAAACGAAAGCUGGGAGUCGGAGCGCAAAACCCACGGUCCCCAAGGGCAAGAAUGGUACUGCUUCUCCAGCCAAAAAGAAGGAAAAUCACGUCCCUAAAGAGGUUGUUGCCCAUGCGGCCAAGGCGGGGCCCAAAGCCAAGGCCGCUGCUCUUCCCAGGGGUGGUGGGUCUAAGACAGUGCCUGAACCCCUGGCCAGGAAGACAGAGGCCCCCAAGGGCCCAAGGAGGCCGGGCAUGCCCACCAAGGCCUCAUCGUCCAAACUGGCCAGUAGGAAGGUGGAGGCUGAAAGCUAG